CUCUGCAGGAGCCCAAGCGGCCGGGUCCGUCCGCCGGCCGCGGGUAGCAGGCGCCCCCUCCCCGCCAUGGCGGCCUAGCAGCUGUCAGCAUUGGCCGCCGCCGCUGCUGCCAGGCUGGACCGGAGCCCGGGCCGAGGGAGGAGUCCGCGCUAAGGAGCAGCGCGGCCGCCGCCCCGACGCCGAGGGUCGGGGUGUUUGUUUGCCUCUUUGCCUCUUGGACUGUGAACUCCUUGAAGGCAUGGACCAGCACUUGUUGGCAUCUGUAUCCUCAGCCUCCAGCCCAGCGCCAGACAUAUAACAGGCACUCAGGAAAUGCUCGAGGAGUGACUGGCUGACUGUGUGCAGACCCAGGCAAGCCUUGCUUCCUAAGGUGGCCAUGGAUCCUUCUUCCAAAUGAAGUCUGUGGCAGGGGAGGCCUUCUAGAACUCUGGUGCAGAGUCUCGCCCGUGAACCCCGGGUGCUCCCCGAUGCCCAGCGAGGCGUCCCAGUUCCCGAAGAUCUCGCUCUGCCCAAGAGGCUGUCCGUGGAGGGCCGUCCAUGCCCUGCCAGCUCUCCUGUGACCCCGGAGCCUCUGGUGCCAGGUCUCUGCUGCAGGGAUGGUGCUCGGUUGGCGUUUGCUGCGGGCAUGGAGCUGAUUGAUUGAACUUGAAACUUGCCCGGUGAGUCACCGGCCGUCCCUCCACUUGACGGUCCCGCGCUGGGGAGGGCCCUCUCCUCUUUGCUGGCAGUUCUCCGUACGGGGACGAUGACCAGGGGUGCCCUGCAGCUCCUCCGAGGCCGCCUUCCGUGCCCCCCACCCUAGAUCCCAGGUGUCGGGUCUGCGCCUCCGACUCCAUGCCUUCAGCUCUGGAACACGGUCCCGUCCAUUUCCUGGGUGUGGCAGGGUCUACCUGAGCUAACCCCCAGCUCCUACCUCUCCGCCAGGUCCCUCCGGCGAGGCCAUGGCGGCGCCCAGGCAGCUGGCCCUCCUCCUCUGGAAGAACUACACCCUGCAGAAACGGAAAGUCCUCGUCACCGUCCUGGAGGUCUUCCUGCCGCUGCUGUUUUCUGGGAUUCUGAUCUGGCUGCGCCUGAAGAUCCAGUCGGAGAACGUCCCCAAGGCCACCGUCUACCCAGGACAGGCCAUCCGGGAGCUGCCCCUGUUCUUCAGCUUCCCGCCUCCGGAGGGCGCCUGGGAGCUGGCCUUCGUCCCCUCCGGCAGCGACGCCGCGAGGACCAUCACCGAGGCCGCGAAAAAGAUGCUGGUGAUCAGCAUGAGAGUGCGAGGCUUUCCCUCCGAAAAGGACUUCGAGGACUACAUUAGGCACGGAAACCGCUCUUCCAACGUGCUGGCUGCGGUGGUGUUUGAGCAUGCCUUCAACCACAGCAAGGAUCCCUUGCCCCUGGCGGUGAAAUACCACUUACGGUUCAGCUACACGCGAAGAAAUUACAUGUGGACCCAGACAGGCUCCGUUUUCCUGAAAGAGUCGGAGGGGUGGCACACCACUUCCCUUUUCCCACUUUUCCCAAACCCAGGGCCGAGGGAGCCCACAUCCCCUGAUGGGGGCGAGCCAGGCUACAUCCGGGAAGGCUUCCUGGCUGUGCAGCACGCGGUGGACAGAGCCAUCAUGCAGCACCACGCCAACGCCUCCGCGGCCCAGCUGCUCGAGAAGGUCACCGUGAUCGCCAAGAGGUUCCCGUACCCGCCCUUCAUCUCCGACCCCUUCCUCGUCGCCAUCCAGUACCAGCUGCCCCUGCUGCUGAUGCUGAGCUUCACCUACACCUCGCUCACCAUCAUCCGGGCCGUGGUGCAGGAGAAAGAGAGGAAGCUGAAGGAGUACAUGUGCAUGAUGGGGCUGAGCGGCUGGCUGCACUGGAGCGCCUGGUUCCUGCUCUUCUCCCUGCUGCUGCUGGUCGUCGUUGCCUCCAUGACCCUGCUCCUCUGCGUCAAGGUGAAGGAGAACGUGGCAGUGCUCUCCAGCAGCGACCCCUCGCUGGUGCUGGUCUUCCUGCUGUGCUUUGCCCUCUCCUCCGUCUCCUUCAGUUUCAUGGUCAGCACCUUCUUCAGUAAAGCUAACAUGGCGGCAGCCAUCGGGGGCUUCCUCUACUUCUUCACCUAUAUCCCAUACUUCUUCAUCGCCCCCCACUACAAUUGGAUGACCCUGAGCCAGAAGCUCUUCUCCUGCCUCCUCUCCAACGUCGCUAUGGCCAUGGGUGCCCAACUCAUCGGGAAAUUCGAAGCGAAAGGCACGGGCAUCCAGUGGCAAGAGCUCCUGAGUCCAGUGAACGUGGACGACGACUUCUCCUUCGGGCAGGUGCUGGGCAUGCUGCUGCUCGACACCGUCCUCUACGGCCUGGUGACCUGGUACGUGGAGGCCGUCUUCCCGGGGCAGUUCGGCGUGCCCCAGCCCUGGUACUUUUUCGUCCUGCCCUCGUACUGGUGUGGGAACCCGAGGACAGCCUCAGGGAAAGAGGAUGGCGACGACCCUGAGAAAGUGCUCCGCACCGAGUUCUUUGAGGCCGAGCCCGAGGGCCUGGUGGCCGGGAUCCGGAUUAAGCACCUGUCCAAGGUGUUCAGGGUCGGGACCAAGGGGAAGGCGGCCAUCAGGGACCUGAACCUCAACUUGUUUGAGGGGCAGAUCACAGUCCUGCUGGGCCACAAUGGUGCCGGAAAGACCACUGCACUGUCCAUGCUCACUGGUCUCUUUCCCCCGACCAGUGGACGGGCCUACAUUGGUGGGUAUGAAAUUUCCCAAGACAUGGUUCAAAUCCGCAAGAGCCUGGGCCUGUGCCCCCAGCAUGACAUCUUGUUUGAUAACCUGACAGUAGCCGAACAUCUUUAUUUCUACGCCCAGCUGAAAGGGCUGCCACGCCAGAAGUGCCCGGAAGAGGUCCAGCAGAUGCUGCACAUCCUCAACCUGGAAGACAAGCAGAACUCCAGGAGCAGGUUCCUGAGCGGGGGGAUGAGGCGCAAGCUCUCCAUCGGCAUCGCCCUCAUAGCCGGCUCCAAGGUGCUGAUGCUGGACGAGCCCACCUCUGGUAUGGACGCCAUCUCCAGGAGGGCCAUCUGGAACCUUCUGCAGCAGCAGAAAAGUGAGCGCACCAUCCUGCUGACCACCCACUUCAUGGACGAGGCCGACCUGCUGGGGGACCGCAUCGCCAUCAUGGCCAAGGGCGAGCUGCAGUGCUGUGGGUCCUCGCUGUUCCUCAAGAAGAAGUACGGAGCCGGAUACCACCUGGCGCUGGUGAAGGAGCCACACUGUGACCCCGAGGCCAUCUCGCGGCUGGUCCAGCUUCACGUGCCCAGCGCCACCCUGGAGAGCUGCACGGGCUCAGAGCUGUCCUUCGUCCUCCCCAGAGAGAGCACUCAAAGGUUCGAAACUCUUUUUGCUCAGCUGGAGAAGCAGCAGCAGGAGCUGGGCAUCGCCAGCUUCGGGGCCUCGGUCACCACCAUGGAAGAAGUCUUCCUGCGGGUCGGCAAGCUGGUCGACACGAGCAUGGACGUCCAGGCCGUGCAGCUCCCGGCCCUGCAGUACCAGCACGAGCGGCGGGCCAGCGACUGGGCCGUGGACAGCCCGUGCGGGCCGAUGGACCCCAGCGACGGCACCGGCGCCCUGGUUGAGGAGGAGGGCACCACGGUCAGGCUCAGCACUGGGCUCACGCUCCACAGCCAGCAGUUCUGCGCCAUGCUCGUGAAGAAGGCUCUCUACAGCUGGCGGGAGUGGAAGAUGGUGGCGGCACAGGUCCUGGUCCCCUUGGCGUGCAUCACGCUGGCCCUCCUGGCCAUCAGCUACUCCUCCGAGAUCUCAGACGACCCCGUCCUGAAGCUGACACUGGGCCAGUACGGCAGGACGGUUGUGCCCUUCUCGGUCCCUGGGGCCUCCCGGCUGGACCAGCAGCUGUCAGAGCACCUGCGGGCCCUGCUGCAGGCUGAGGGCCAGGAGCCCCGCGAGGUGCUGGGCGACUUGGAGGAGUUCCUGAUCUUCCGGGCCUCGGUGGAGGGUGGAGGCUUCGACGAGCGGUGCCUGGUGUCCGUGUCCUUCAAGGACGCGGGCGAGCGGACGGUCGUCACCGCGCUGUUCAACAACCAGGCCUACCACUCCCCGGCCACCGCCCUGGCCGUCGUGGACAGCCUCCUGUUCCGGCUGCUGUGCGGCCCCCGUGCCUCCAUCGCGGUCUCCAACUACCCGCAGCCCCGGAGCACCCUGCAGGCCGCCAGGGACCAGUUCAGCGCGGGCCGCAAGGGAUUCGACAUCACCCUCAACUUGCUCUUCGCCAUGGCGUUCCUGGCCAGCACGUUCUCCAUCCUGGCAGUGAGUGAGAGGACCACCGGGGCCAAGCACGUCCAGCUGGUCAGCGGGGUCCACGUGGCGCAUUUCUGGCUCUCGGCUCUGCUGUGGGACCUCCUCUCCUUCCUCGUCCCCAGCCUGCUGCUGCUGGGGGUGUUCCGAGCCUUCGACGUGCGGGCCUUCACGCGGGACGGCCACGAGGCGGACGCCCUGCUGCUGCUCCUGCUGUACGGCUGGGCCGGCGUCCCCCUCAUGUACCUGGCCAGCUUCCUCUUCCCGAGCGCGGCCACCGCCUACACCAGGCUGACUGUCCUCAACGUCCUCUCGGGCGUCGCCACCUUCCUCGUGGUCACGGUCAUGCGCAUCCCAGGACUGACAGCCCGUCUCCUCGCGGCAGCGGUGAAGUUGGAGGAGCUCUCCAGAGCCCUGGACCAGGUGUUCCUGGUGCUGCCCAGCCACUGCCUGGGCAUGGCCGUCAGCAGCUUCUAUGAGAACUAUGAGACCCGGCGAUACUGCACGUCGUCUGAGGUGGCCACCCACUACUGCAGGAAGUACAACAUCGAGUACCAGGAGAACUUCUACGCUUGGCGCACCCCGGGUGUCGGCAGGUUCGCGACCUCCAUGGCCGUCUCGGGGUGCGUGCACCUCACCCUGCUCUUCCUCGUCGAGACCGGCCUCCCGAGGAGACUGAGAGCCAUCCUCUGUGCCCCCCGGAGGAGCUGGGUGCUGACAGAUGUGCGCAGCCGGGCGUCGGUGCUUCCAGAAGACCAGGACGUGGCGGAGGAGAGGAGCAGGGUCCUGGGGGGCCCCACAGACACUCCACCCCACGUGCCGCUGGUCCUCAAGGAGCUGUGCAAGGUGUACGAGCAGCAGGCCCCGCUCCUCGCUGUGGACAGGAUCACCCUCGCCGUCCAGAAAGGGGAGUGCUUCGGCCUGCUGGGCUUCAACGGCGCCGGGAAAACCAGCACCUUCAAGAUGCUGACCGGGGAGGAGGCCAUCACUUCCGGGGACGCCUUCGUCGGGGGCCACAGCAUCCGCUCCGACGUGGGGAAGGUGCGGCGGCGGAUCGGCUACUGCCCGCAGUUCGACGCCCUGCUGGACCACAUGACGGGGCGGGAGAUGCUGGUCAUGUACGCCCGGCUCCGGGGCGUCCCCGAGCGCCACAUCGGGGCCUGCGUGGAGCACAUGCUGCGGGGCCUGCUGCUGGAGCCGCACGCCAACAAGCUGGUCCGGACCUACAGCGGCGGCAACAAACGGAAGCUGAGCACAGGCAUCGCCCUCAUCGGAGACCCCGCGGUCAUCUUCCUGGACGAGCCGUCCACUGGCAUGGACCCCGUGGCCCGGCGCCUGCUCUGGGACACCAUAGCCCGGGCCCGUGAGUCCGGCAAGGCCAUUGUCAUCACCUCCCACAGCAUGGAGGAGUGUGAGGCCCUGUGCACCCGCCUGGCCAUCAUGGUGCAGGGCCAGUUCAAGUGCCUGGGCAGCCCGCAGCACCUCAAGAGCAAAUUUGGCAGCGGCUACUCCCUGCGGGCCAAGGUCCGGCACGACAGGCAGGAGGAGGCCCUGGAGGAGUUCAAGGCAUUCGUGAACCUGACCUUCCCAGGCAGCGUCCUGGAAGAUGAGCACCAAGGGAUGGUCCACUACCACCUGCCCGGCCACGGCCUCAGCUGGGCGAAGGUGUUUGGCACCCUGGAGAGAGCCAAGGAGACAUACGGGGUGGACGACUACUCAGUGAGCCAGAUCUCGCUGGAGCAGGUGUUCCUGAGCUUCGCCCACCUGCAGCCAGCAGCCGAGGACCAAGGGCCGUGAGGUGCCCUCUGCAGCCUCCCAGGCGCCCGGCGGGGCGGGGUAGGAGCUCACGGCAUCCUGCCUUCCGAGUCCGUUUUGUCCUGCACCUUUGUUUGUAAUCACUCUUUUCUAUGAUGGUCGUGAGAAAUCAAGGUGUAACACGGUAGGGGCCACCCGACCAGCCCUCACCUGGGAAACAGUGUGCAGACACCCACUUCUGACCCCUCUGGGACGCACGUCCCCAAACCGAGCGCGGCCCGGGGUCUGUGUGUGCACAGCGGGGCGGAGAGGGGCCGCAGGAGGGGCUGCCACUGACCGGGGGCUCGGGCCUGAGUCCCGUGAGGAGGGCACACCUGGGAAGCACACACACAUGGGACGCCAGGCCUCCCAAGGGCGAGCUAGGAAGGAGCUUGGGGUACAGCCGGGUGCACCAGAGCGCGGUGAACCAACGGAAGUGGCAGAUCUCCGUCAGUGAAGGGAAAAGGUCGGCAGUAAUUAGAGUGCCAGGUUCUUAGCUCCCAGCGCGGCCCGGGAGGGCGUCUUGGAAUCGCUGCACACUGCUCCCUGGGGUGUGGACGUCUACAGACGCAGAGCUAAGGCCAGGCAUCAUCCCACUGGCAUGUUCCGGAACCUUCUGGCACAGUGGGGGAUGGUGCACCCAGACGCAGAGCGCAGUCCUCAUUUCUGACACGACACCCCUAGGGGCUCGGGCCAGUGUUGGGAACACACUGAACAUACGUGACUGUCCGGGAAAUAAAGGCUGUGGGGAACACA